GGAAGAAACCCGAAAUAAGCAACUUUUAUGUAGUCACAACUUUUUAGAGCUUCUUUCUUCUUCUUCCACCUUUUCCCUCUCUACCAUCUUCUGUCCGUGUUCAUCCCACCACUUAUUUUUGGCGUUUUUUUCUCUUUGAAGUAUUUCAGUUAUAUCCGUUUGGUCCGCAUGUGCUAGUUCUCAACUAUCUACGCUGUACCAGGUACGGGAAUGCGACCAUGUCGAAAUACAAGGAUAAAGAGAGUGGGACGACGGUAGUCUCUCUGAAUGCGAAAUGGAUAUCGUGGGCUCAUACCGUUGUCGCAUAUACCGCUUUCUUGAGUGCCCUAUCCGUGGGCAUCUAUCUUCAUUAUCACAAGAUCGUCCAGAACGAAUUCUACGGUUAUCCCGACGAAUGGUUUCCUUCUGUCUCCGCCACCAUCGGUGAUCGAUACCCUGAGCGCUCGUUCUUUCAGCUUUUCAUAGCUAUAACCUCAGGUCCUAGAUUCGCUCUCGUCGCACUCUGGUACCUUCUCACCGCGAAGCCUGGAAAGGCUCUCCCUAAAUUUGUCGCUGGCGUGGGACUUUUUAGGACCCUCACUUGUGGGGGUUGGACGUUUAUCACCUCGACCGACGAUCAUGACUGGCAUGAUAUACUCAUGAUAUCCUACCUUGUAGCUACGAUUCCCUGGACAGCUGGCUGUAUCGUGUUAAGUCCACCUAACCCGAAGGCGAUCAAGUAUCGAAGAUAUCUUGCUACUGCAUUCUUCGGCACGAUCCCUUUUAUGGUAUAUUUCUUCAUUCAGCAUAAGAUUCACCGGAUAUCCGGAGCUUAUACUAUUUAUUCCUUCUUCGAAUGGUCUCUCAUAUUAUUUGAUGUGGCCUUUGAUGCCGUCACCGCACUCGACUUCGAAAAUUUUGAGAUUGUGAUUAGGGAUGUAAAAGGUCUGGGUAAGGGAGCCAACAUAUCACCUAAGUCGACCGCCGUCGUCGAGAAAGAAAAGGAGAAAAUUACAGCUGGCAUAUUCGACGUCAAGUUUUCCUGGACCGAAAUAUUCGAUACGGCUGCCGAAGUCUAUCAUGGCUUCGUCUUUUGGUCGAUGCUUACGAGCUUGGGUGUUGUCAUUUGGUAUUUCCCGCUUUGGCACAUGGGUAUCUCGGGCUACGAAGCUUUUGUCAUGUCGACGAUCUCACCCCUGUUUCUUGGCAUCAAACCGCUCCGCUCAUUGGUUAUCCACAACUUGCGCAUAUGCCAUUUCCUAUCGCUCGCCGGGCUCCUUGCGUGGCAGGUUAAAGACCCGGCUUACAGGCUUUUUACUGUAGGCUUCGGCGUCGCUAUGUCAUGUUUAUCAUGGACCGCUACUUUAUAUUCCGAGUCGAUUCACGAGGCUCGGCUCGAGUCGAAGAUACUGGCCUGGAUCGUUGGCCUGAUUAUGUCUUCUACGGCGAAGUUCGCAUGGCAAACUAACAACCCGAUAUGGCCAAUCAUGCACACGGCGAACGGUGGCUAUAACGAGAUCGGAUUAGCAUUGGCGGUCCUAGCAACUUUAAGAUUUACCCGGAAAGCGCCUUUAAAUACUGGGGUGGCCAUGGACGAGACGCUAGGCGGCUCAUCGCUUCUAUCGGCUUUAGGUAUUGGCGGCCUAUUCUUUGGCCUACACUCCCUUCUUUCUGAUACGAGUACUAUGAUCUUAUGGGUAUGGGAGGGCUACCCAGUACGAGGACCUAUUUCCGCCCCCCACGGUUGGUUCACGUUGGCGGCGAUGACAGCUGGGCUAUUGACGGGUGUUCGUUACCCAAAACUCGUUAGUACUUGGUCGGUAUACGGUCUUGGGAGUAUUGGAGCUGCUAUCCUUACUCUGUACUCUAACUGGUUUGGCUACCUUGGUGCUCUCAUCAGCGCCUUCUAUUUAACAGCCGUCGCAUUUCCCCUCGUCACAGUAGCUUCCAAGAAGAGUCCGGCGACAACUUUCGGCUUUGGAUUCUUCAUCUAUAGCUUCAUGGUCCUGUUUCAUGUCUGGGUAGUUGCCUACGCUUUCGUCCCCGGAGGGCCUUUCGUUCGCGAGCAUACGGAUUGGAUUAUGGCGACGAUGAUGUUGCUUAUUGGUGCUGGCGUUUUCAACCUGACAUCUUUGAAUUCGCGUCGUCGCGAGACCCGUAUGCGGCCAUCUCGAUCGCAACAUCGCAAAUAUCAUACUUUGGGGCUGGGCAUCAUCAACCUCUUCUUCGUCGCCGCUGCGUUCCGACGCUUCCCCACUAACGAUUAUAAACCUUACCACGAAGAUUCGAGGGUCAUAACAGCCGGUAUCUGGACAAUCCACUUCUCUCUCGAUAAUGACAUGUGGUCUUCCGAGUACCGGUUACGUGACCUUAUCAAAGAGCUCGAAAUCGAUGUCGUCGGGUUGCUAGAGACCGACUUGCAACGCGUUAUCAUGGGUAACAGGGAUACAACCCAAUUCCUCGCCGAGGAUUUGGGUAUGUAUGUCGACUACGGUCCCGGUCCGAACAAGCAUACCUGGGGUGCGGCACUCCUAUCCAAGUUCCCGAUCGUGAACUCGACGCAUCAUCUACUUCCAUCACCAGUAGGCGAACUUGCCCCAGCUAUCCACGCGACACUUGAUGCCUAUGGCGAAUUGGUGGAUGUUUUCGUUUUCCAUUCCGGACAGGAGGAAGACCCGGAAGAUCGCCGCCUGCAAUCUGAAUACCUUGCUAAGUUGAUGGGUUCUUCGCCGAGACCGUCGAUACUACUCUCCUACCUAGUCACUGAGCCCCUCAAAGGAAACUAUAACACGUACGUUUCCGAAAUUUCGGGGAUGCAUGACGUAGAGCCAAGGGAUUGGGAUCGGUGGUGCGAAUACAUCCUGUACAAGCAACUCCAGAGAGUGGGCUACGCGAGGGUGUCUCGAAGUACGAUCACAGAUACCGAAUUACAAGUGGCGAAAUUCGUUGUUCCGAAGAGCGGGGAAGAAAAGGCACAAAUUGCGGCAAUAGAAAACAAUGCAGAAGAGAGAAACCGCAAGGUUGGUGAGAAGGAAGUUCCGGAGGGUUGGAGAUUUCCUGCUCUGUUUAGGGGUAACGGCGUCAGGGGACAUCGGUAUCACGUUUUCAAUGAGCCUUGGUACUAUAAACCGUCACAGACGGAAGUAUAGCGACGGGCAAGGGUUACGGGAUGAGAAAACGCGAAUACGUAUUAAUGUGUAAGGUUAAAAGGAGAUGUAUCAACAGGAAAAAUUCGGCCUUGGGGUUUAAUUGCUAAUUCUUGUACGUCUACGCGUAGACUUUGCGUGGCUUAUUUUUAAUAUGAGGGUG